CUUAAGUGUCUCGAUGAGCUGAGCAAUACGAGCAUGCCGAGCUCCCAGCCAGCCUCAUCGUCUGCCAGCAGUCGUUUCAGCCGCGGAGCACGUUUGAAGUCAACCCUUCCUAGCUGUCACCCAUCUGAUGACCACACAUAUUGGAUGACUGGAGGCAAAUCUCCCAUCGGUAAGGGACUCCACUGACGAAGUCUGAAAUGCUCCGUCAAAGCUCAAGCAAACCGGUCUGCCAGUGUGUGGUAUCAACUUCGCCAGAAGCAUCGCUCGGCCAAUCCCUUCCCGACAGGUUUCAAACGCGACUGUUACACGGUGACUGGGCUGCCUGUUCAGCUGAGGAUUACUCUCAGGCACCGUCAGCAAAGAGAGAGAUGUGGCUUGUGAAUACGAGCAAGUCUUCAGCUCACCAGACACUAGAGUUUCGCGAUCACAUAUAUGAAGCCUUAUCCUUCCCAGCGCCACAACCUCCGGCCAUGAGUGUCACUGGGCAGUUUCGCGUCGAUCAUGACUUCCGCUAUUGAGGAAAACCAUAUCUUCACCGAUGCCGUCGCAUUUCAACCUCAGGUUGUCCAAUCAAGCGUCCGCGGCUUGGUGACGCCGACGGCCAUCACUACGACAGCCAAACCACUGACACUCGAUCAAGUGCACAAAGUUAUUGGGUUGUAUGGCCCGAUCCUCAACCUCCAUCCAAAAGAAACAUACUUCAAUACGUCCAUCGAAGAUUUUUUGAGUCAUUGCACGCUCGUCGACAAGAAGACGAAAUCACGGGUGCAAGCACCCAAAGCUGACCACCUACCGCAAAAGGGUGACGAUGGCCAAUUCUAUCUGGAGGUGACAACAGACGGCAAGAAAGGUGACUUCUCGACCGCCAAAGCGUACAUACGCGCCUUCUGGCAAUCCGGCAUGCCCUACACAGAUCUGCAGUUCUGGUUCUUCAACGCCUAUAAUGGACCGGGAACCCUUCACAUUGACGGACUCAUGAUGGACAGCAUCACAAGUUCGGGCGACAUCAAUGUGGCACCCCUUGGUGAACAUGUGGGAGACUGGGAAAUGUGCAUGGUCCGUGUCGAUAACUCGACGUUGAAGAUCAUCAGUAUCUGGCUUUCCCAACAUGCCAAGGGUCAAUUCUUCACUGGCGACCAGAUCGACCGGGCUUUCAAAUUCCAGGGAACUCAACCGAUUAUCUUCUCAUCCCGCAAUGGCCAUGCAAACUUCUCUCAUGCGGGGUCCAACCCGACUGAAUCCAAGAAGAUUGGGGGCAUACCAGCCGGAUUUGACUUUUUCGUUCGCAAUGACACCGCCACCAGUGACUUCAAGCUGGAUUGCUCCAAGAGAUACGAACUCAUUUCAGCCGACUGGAUCGGGUUAAAAUCUCCCGCCUGGGUAACAUACCCAUUUCGCUGGGGCCCAGAAGGAACUUCUACCCACCUCAGUGCUGGUGCAGUGGCUGAUAUUGUCAGAGCUGCCGCUGGAGAUGAGCUGUCGAAAUUUCUUCCCGUAGCUGCUGGCACGGUUUUGGCCGGAGAGAUUCUCCCACAUUUUGUGAAAAGCGACAUCAAUGGUCCUACUUCGCCAAGUCGCCACGGAAGUUGGAUGGGCAUCUAUCCUGUUUACUAGGUCUGGAAUGGGGGUUUGUGCUACUGCACAAUGAUACAAGGAUCAUAAUGACCUGUUUUACUUCUGGGAGCGCCCCGUAGAAUGACAUUGAAUGGCUGAAUUUAC